AUGGCUCCCAAGAAGGCUGACAAGUCGCCGACUAAGGCCAAGGCCGCGAAGGGAGGAGUCGAGAAGCCAGCGAAGAAGGUCAAGAAGGUCAAGGACCCCAACGCGCCAAAGAGGCCACUGUCGGCCUUCUUCUUCUACUCGAAUGACAUUCUGAAGAGCGACAACCCCGGCAUUGCGUUUGGCGAGAUCGGCAAGAAGGUUGGAGCUCUGUGGGCUGCCCUCUCCGAGAAGGACAAGGUGAGCGUGUGGGAGCUUCGGGCACCGUAUGAGAAGAAGGCCGAGGCCGACAAGGCCCGGUAUGAAAAGGAGAAGGCAGCCUACACCAAGGCGUAG